AUGCACUCUUACCUUAUUAAUUUUAUUAUUUUUUUAUUUAUACAUUUUUUACCUUUAUUUUUGGCUAAAAAGGAAAUAGCUUUUCUUCAGUGCAUUUGGAGACAUGGAGAUAGGGGACCAAGUAAACUUCCAUAUCCAGGUGAUCCGUAUGACGAAAGUUUUUGGCCUAGAGGUUGGAAUCAGCUAACAAAUUUAGGAAUGAGACAAAUGAACGAACUUGGUCAAUUUUUUAGACAACGUUAUGUUGAGGAUUGGCCUUUUUUGAGUUCCAGUUAUGACCCUGAUGAGGUAUUUGUCCAAUCAUCAGAUUCAAAGAGAGCACUAGUUUCUGCUCAAGCACUUUUACACGGUUUAUAUCCUGCUAUAGAUCCAGACGAUCAGUUUGACCCAAAUUUAAAUUGGUUACCUAUUGCUGUUCAUUCUACGGGGCCGAAUAAUGAGCUUUUAAAGCCAACAAGUUUUGAAUGUCCCACAUAUGAAGGAAUUAAAAAAACAACAAAAAAAGAAUUAGAAAACGAAUUAAAAAUUAAAUAUAAAGAUUUAUUUGAAUUUGUACAAAUUAAUGUUUUUAAUUCUACAAUGCCUCUAACAUUGCAUCAAGUUGCUUCUUUAAAUAAUUUAAAUAGAGAGGCAAGUUUAAUUGCCCACAAUUUAACUCAACCAGCCUGGGUAGAACGUAGAUGGCCUCAAUAUGGAAAUUGGAGUACUUUAGAAUUGGUAACCGAAUUGAGACGAUUGGAACGUAUAAAUGAAUUUAAUCGUCCAGAAAUGGCUUAUUUAAUGGGUGGUUAUUUACUUGGAGAUUGGAUUAAUAGGGCGGAGAAGGUAAUAAAUUCAAAAUCUCCAAACGAAGCAGAAAAGGCCGUUCUUUAUUCUUCACAUGAUGGGACUUUACAAGCACUUCUAAGUCUUAUGGGUCAAAAAUUUAAUAAUUUAGUGCCUUAUGCUAGUACCAUUUGUAUGGAGAUAUUAAAGAAAAAUGAUACCUUUCAUAUUGAGAUGUUUUAUCGUCAUUCCGGUCUCGUCCAACAUUUAAACUUCCCAGAUUGCCCAUUAAUUCAAUGCCCAGCAGAAACUUUAAUUAAAUCAUUGAGAAGUAGAGCUAUUUUUGAAAGAAAAAGGCUUUAUCAUCUCUGUGGAAGUGGAGAUGCUUAUUGUUAAAUAUGUACGGAGAGAGUGAGGUAUAACUAAAAAAAUUAAUUUAUUUUCUAGUCAGAAAAAAAAUUUCUGAAAUUUUUUUUCUGAAUUUUCUAGUCGUUUUACAUACAUAUUUUUAUUUUUAAAAUUCAGAAUUUUUUAUUCUGAUUUUUAUUCUGUUAUUUUUCUUCUCCUAUGUAAAAGUUAGGGGUUACCUGGGAGCUAUUUCCUUUUUAAUUUUAGAAUUUAUUUCAGAAUUUAUUUCGUUUUUAAUUUCAGAAUUUAUUUCAGAAUUAAAAAUUGUAUUUUAUUCUGAUUGU